GCUAUCGGAAACGAACGGCAGGGGACACCGUUGACCGAUGGAAAUCAAGCAAUAGUGUAUUCAUUUUGUUCCCUUUUCGCCGCUCAUUUAUUUUAGAAUAGACAGCGUAGGGCUACGAUAGCACAUGCGAGCUUCUACAAUAGUACCAAAGACGGAUGAUGUAAAUUUACGCACAGGUAAAAGUCAGAUUAUGCCCAAAGGAUGCAGCGUUAUCGAGGCACCUCCGCCCACUGGCAGCUGCUAGCAGGUCACGUGGCUUCCUUCACUGUUUCGAUUCAGGGCUCGGGCAGGCGGGCUUGAGUGGUAGACAAUUGCAAACUAAUGCAUAUUUUUGAGAAUCUAACAUGCUGCUGAUAUGACAUUCAGCAAAUCCAGUUGUCUUUCUGCACUCGAUUCCAGCCAAGACAUGGAGAUAACGUCUGACGGUGAGGCGGCGGAGCGCAGGCGGGAGCUCUGGAAGUUGUUGUCCAGCCUGAAGACCACCGUGGAGGGCCUCCUGUCCACAAACAACCCCAAUGUUUGGUCCCGCUACGGCGGCCUGCAGCGCCUGCACAAGGACAUGAACAACAUUCUCAGUCACGGACUGAAGAAUGAGCAGGUGUACUACAAGCAAAGAGACUACUGGCCAUUUGUCUGGUUUGUUCGACACAUCAGCCCUCACCUUGCCUCACAUGUUGAACAGUUCAGUAAGCUGGAGCCGGUAGUGAGCAGCAGGGUGCAGAGUGCCGGUGAAAGCUACAAAGCCGAGCGCUGGUUGCUUUACAGCUUGCAAGUCCACAUGCUGUCGGCUCAGCUGAAACCUCUGCUCAGGCGUCAGGGACAUGCAAUCAAAUACUACAAUGAAGAUGCCUUCCUGCUCAGCGAAUCACACGUCAACGCCAUGUUCCAGUGUCUUGAAGCUGUGGAACAAAAUAACCCCAAACUGUUGGCUCAAAUAGACACAGUGGGGCUGUCCCCUCUCAAGAACCCUCCGUGCCUCGGCCUGUUGAAGAGCCAGAGCCUGUGUGUGUUGCCCGGCGCUGGUGGGCCCUGGAGAAGCCCUGACUCGACACCCAAAAGAGAGUCUUUAAACCGCAGGCUUACCACAUCUAACUGCUCCCUCAGAGAUGUGGCUGCAACCAACACCAGCGGCAACAUGAUAGGAGGCAGCAUCAGCACAAAUACUACCUCACGAGCCAGCAGCCGAGGUCUUCCCGGGAUGUGUUUGACCAGGCCGGAAGAGAGCGAGCGGGGUGUGACACCCCCUCCUGGACAAGCAUCCGUACCCUCCAUCUCUCUUUUAGCGUCUCCCUCGCUCACCUCCCCACAACCCGACACAGGAGAUUCUGGUGACGGCGAAUAUGACGACGGUCCAGAGUACUUGGCCAUCGGCAACCUGGGUCAACGCAGUCGCUGCAGCACCCAAAGCUCCACGCACAGCAGCGAGCUUAGCGAGAGCAAAGACCAAUCCCUGCAGCCGAAUUCUCUGGGUCUUCCUCCACUCAGGCGCUCGUCUUUUUCAGAGGGCCAGAGAGAGCUAGUCAAAGGGUCCCGAGGACACACCCGCUCGUUUUCUGACACGGGGAUUGUCCAAAAACUCAGGAAAGGAGGGGCCCACCGGAAAAUCACCAUAAUAAUAGAGGAUCCGGUAGCAGAAACAGAGAGCGAAGACCGCUGCAGUAAGGAGUACAGCCCUUUCUCACUUCAGCCCAGUGACACCAGCACGUCCACUUCCCUUUACACGGACCCUCAUGGGUCCCAGUACAGCAGGACACCAGAUGGUUUGUUCAGGAAGCCAUCAAAAGGCCAGAGCCUCAUCAGCUACCUGUCAGAGCAGGACUUUGGCAGCUGUGCUGACCUUGAAAAGGAGAACGCUCACUUCAGCAUCUCGGAGUCCCUGAUCGCAGCCAUUGAGCUCAUGAAGUACAACCUGCGGCGUCAGCAGGAGGAGGGUGAGGAAGAAGGAGACAGUGACUCUGAGAUUCAGCAGCUCAAGCAGAAGAUCCGCUUGCGAAGGCAGCAGAUCCGUCGCAGCCGCCUGCCGCCCUGCAUGACCUCACAGCACCUUUUCCAUUCAACUGAUAGCAGCGGUUCACGGAGGAGCUCCCAGGACUCCCAUCACGGCCUAUCCGAUUCUGACUCUGCAGAGGAGGUGGAGGAAUGUGAAUUACGAGAUGGCUGUGAGGGUCAGUCCCUGCUGGCGGUGUCUCAGAACGGCCUCUCCUUGUCGCUUGCCUCCCUCUUCUCAGAAGCAGACAUAAAGCGCAGCGUCAGCUCCAGCAACAAGUCUUUUCUGAGCUCAGAGUCCAUUUCCACCUCCUUCCUACAAUCCAACUCAGCCGAGUCGGUCGCCAUGGGUUUGCUCAGACAGUUUGAAGGCAUGCAGCUGCCUGCCGCCUCUGAGCUUGACUGGCUGGUUCCAGAACAUGACGCGCCACAGAAACUGCUGCCCAUCCCGGAUUCUCUUCCCAUCUCUCCUGAUGACGGAGAGCAUGCAGACAUCUAUAAACUAAGGAUUCGAGUACGAGGAAACCUUGAGUGGGCACCGCCCCGACCACAAAUCAUCUUCAAUAUUCACCCUCCACCCAAGAGGAAGAUCGUUGCGGCGAAACAGAAUUACCGCUGUGCCGGCUGCGGUACUCGCAUUGACCCAGACUACAUUAAGAGACUGCGUUACUGCGAGUACCUUGGUCGUUACUUCUGCCAGUGCUGCCACGAGAAUGCACAAGUAGUGGUUCCCGGUCGAAUUCUGAUGAAGUGGGACUUCGGCAAAUACUACGUGAGCAACUUUGCCCGUGACUUGCUGACCAAGAUUGCUGGAGACCCCCUCUUCAAUCCAAAUGAUAUCAACAGUGCCCUUUACAAGAAAGUUAAGGCUCUGGAGUCCGUCAGGGUUUUGAGAAUGCAGCUGUUUCAUAUGAAAACCCUCUUCAGGACAUGUCGCUUUUCAAAGGAGGUACUUGAGCAGUUUGACUCCCUUCCCUGUCACCUGACUGAGGACCUGCACCUUUUUUCCCUAAAUGAUCUUUUGUCUGUGCGCAAUGGAGAACUGGCCCCCCGCAUGAAGGAGUUGCUAAAACUCGGCACUGUGCACGUAGCGGGCUGCGUGUUGUGCCAGGCAAAGGGCUUCGUGUGCGAGUUCUGUGGCAACGAGAAAGACAUCAUCUUCCCCUUUCAACUGAGCAAGUGCCAGCGCUGCGAAGGUGAGCCCUCUCUGCUGGUAGCAGGCCUGGGCGGCCUACGAGUGCCCCCUCGCCGGAGCUCUGCUCCCGUUAUCUGGAUAGACUGGAAGCUCUCCAAACCUCGUAGGCUGGCGAGGGCCCUCUCCAAGGACCGGCACGAGGGAGAGGGCGGGGAGGAGGAUUUGGAGUCGGUUGAGGAGGAGGAGACCGACAGGGGGGGCCAAGAGAAGUCACCAGACAAUAUACAGGCGAGAAAGGCAAAAGCGGGAUUAUUUCGCCACUUCUCGCCUGGUAAAUUAACAAAAGCCUUUACCUGGCACCACGGAACUGAAGAGGAGCAGGAGGUGACAACAGGGAGCGAGUCUGAGAAGGAUGGUGAGAAAGGAAGUGAGGAGAGAGAUGCGGUUUUCAGUAAAGACAGGCCAAAGCGUGAGGAAGGGGAGGAGGGUCAUGCAAAAAGAAUCAGUUUACUUAAAAUUCUCCGCUUGGAGCGACUGAAGCAGAGCCUCUCCAAGCAUGACAGGACAGACAGUGACAGUGAGACGUGCAGCAGCCAGGAAAGUUCAGAGGAAGUGGUGGAGGGUCAAAGGAGCAAAGAGAGAUGGUUUGGCCGUCUCGGCAGGACCUUCUCUAAAGGAGACCCCAAGGACGGCAAAACAAAAGCAACGGAGGAAGAAAAACAUGAAGAGCCUGAGAGAAGAUCGCCUGAGCCCGGAGGCGGCACCGUGGAGGUGGGAGAGGGGAAAGCUAUGGAGGAGAGCGAGGGAAAAGCGGAGAAAUUAGCCGUCUCCAACGUGCCGAAACAGUCUGCCGCCUUCUCCCAAGAGCCAAGCAUGACGGACGAUGGGCAAGUGGAUUCGGCUCCCGUCCAAACGAACUGGCGAGCUCGAAAGACUCGUCGAGCCCGCAGAAUCACGAGAGGCAGACAGUCAUUUCAAGGGAGGGACGGUGAUGGGGGCCAAUGAAGACGACGUUCAUUGAUGAUAAGACUCGAGUGGUGAUGUACCGUCCUACCCCGGCCAGAUUUUAAGUGACCGAUUUUUAUUUGGUGAAUUGGUGUUUUGUAAAGUGUCUGUUCCAUUUUCUGAUAAUGCUGAAGCAGCAACGAGAGUCAUUGUGGACAUUUGACGAAAGCUGAAGCUGAAGGUUCUCUUAUUUAUUGUCUUUGCUUUUUCUGUGUUGGACCAGAAUUUUUCUGAACUGUUUUCUGAAAGGUAAAUGGAGUUGGCUUUUUGGAAUUAUUGGGGGGGGGGGAUACAGAAUUGGAUUCUCAGCAAGGCCACGAUUUGACACAUUCUUGAAAAUUCUUUGAAAUCUUAAUUCUUAAGGUUGCACUCUACAUUCAGUCACUCUCUUCUGAUUGAGCUUCCCUCAGCCCAAUGUGGUAGUUUUCCAUUUCUUCCUUCCAACUCUCAGCACGUUGGCACUUUUGGGGACUUUCUUACUGUUGGUCAAGUGGCUUGUGAAUGCAAGAUUAUGGACGGUUAUUUUUUUGGCACUUGUUUGGUGGUGGAUAGCUUGAGGUGAAGACGUCGGGCUUACUCAGGCUGCAGUGUCCUGCUCUUUCUUGCUUUGCUCUGUCUGCUUUCAGCGUGUUCCUUUUUAGGGUGGCCGCAUGUUUAAGGAAGCCAAGACCUCAAAACAAAUGUAAGAGCAGUAGAACUAAGGACUUCAUUUUGGUAGAUCGCAUUUAAGGCGUUUUCAGGCUCUGCGGACAUCCUCCUUUUUAAAUGGAAACCACAACGUCAACUAUCAACACGACAGGGCAGGAGAAGUGAGUCAGUUGUUGAAUUUAUUCAAAUCCUAUAAAAACAGGUAACCUUUGUCAAAGCUGAACGUGUCGGAAGACCAGAACAACAACAAAACGGUGACACAGAAGAGGUGGAAAAAUGACAGCUUGUACAGGCAUUUCUGCAUUUCACUUGGAACAUUUCUCAGCGUGUUGCACUUUUUAUUCUAUUCACGUGUUUGGUCGCCAUCAUGCAAAUUGCAGUGACAUUCAAGCCAGUUUGUUUAUUUUUAUUUGCACGUGUUUGUGUGGUCUUUUUUUUUUCUUCCACCUUUUAACAUUUCCAUGCUGUUAUUUGAGUUUCAUUCCACGUGAACAUGAAAUAAACACCUUUUGGAAUGUUUUA